AUGCGGGCCGCGAUGCAGUACUCCAACGCCGUGCGCGCGCUCCCGCCCGCGGGACGGCACGCGCAGGCCCUCGUGCGCCUGCGCUCGAGCGCGCCUGCUUCCGCUGCCAAGUUCGCGCAGCGGCGGCCCGGAACGGUCUGGGCCGCGGCUGCGGAGGCCGCGGAGAAGCAGAGCAAGAAGGGCGGUGGCAAGAAGCAGGGCGGCAACGGGAACGGCGCGGAGGCCGAGGUGGUGCAGGUGCCGCUGCCCACGAGCGACGAGAGCGACCAGCUCCUGCGCAUUCGCCACAGCAGCGCGCACAUCAUGGCGAUGGCCGUGCAGCGCCUGUUCAAGGACGCCCAGGUCACCAUCGGCCCCUGGGUCGAGCGCGGCUUCUACUACGACUUCGACAUCCCCACGCCGCUGACGGACAAGGAGCUGCGGAAGAUCCAGAAGGAGAUGCGCCGCAUCUGCCGCCUGAACCUCCCCUUCGUGCGCGAGGAGCUCUCCGCGGAGGAGGCCCGGCGCCGCAUCGAGGAGAUCAACGAGCCGUACAAGAUCGAGAUCCUCGACUCGAUCCUCGAACGCGACCCGGACGCACCCAUCACGAUCUACCACAUCGGCGAGCAGGGCGACAAGAACCACUGGUGGGACCUGUGCGCGGGGCCGCACGUGGAGUCCACGGGCAAGAUCAACACGGACGCGCUGAAGCUCGAGUCGGUGGCGGGCGCGUACUGGCGCGGCGACGAGUCCCGGCAGAUGCUGCAGCGCGUGUACGGCACGGCGUGGGAGACGGCCGAGCAGCUCGCGUACUACGAGCACGUCAAGGAGGAGGCGAAGAAGCGCGACCACCGGAAGCUGGGGCAGGAGCUGGACCUGUUUUCGAUCCAGGAGGCGGCGGGCGGCGGGCUGGUGUUCUGGCACCCGCGCGGCUCGCUCGUGCGGCACAUCAUCGAGUCGUACUGGAAGGACCUGCACAUGAGCAAGGGGUACGACCUGCUGUACUCCCCCCACAUCGCCAAGACCGACCUGUGGCACACGUCCGGGCACCUCCAGUUCUACGCCGAGUCCAUGUUCCAGCGGAUCCAGGUCGAGGACGAGAGCUACCAGCUCAAGCCCAUGAACUGCCCCUUCCACGUCACCACCUACAAGAACGGCUACCGCUCCUACCGCCAGCUGCCGGUGCGGUACGCGGAGCUGGGCACGGUGUACCGGUACGAGAAGUCCGGCACGAUGCACGGUCUGUUCCGCGUGCGCGGGUUCACCCAGGACGACGCGCACAUCUUCUGCCUGCCCGAGCAAAUCGAGGGGGAGAUCGUGGGCGUGCUGGACCUGGUCGAGGAGACGCUGUCGACGUUCGGGUUCUCGGACUACGAGAUCAACCUCUCGACGCGCCCGGAGAAGUCCGUCGGGUCGGACGACAUCUGGGAGCGCGCGGAGGCCGGCCUGACGGCGGCGCUGGCGACCAAGGGGUGGGAGUACGACAUCGACGAGGGCGGCGGCGCGUUCUACGGCCCGAAGAUCGACAUCAAGAUCCUCGACGCGAUCGGCCGGAAGUGGCAGUGCUCGACGAUCCAGCUCGACUUCAACCUCCCCGAGCGGUUCGACCUGGAGUACGUCGACGAGGACAACAAGAAGCAGCGGCCGAUCAUGAUCCACCGCGCGAUCUUCGGGUCGAUCGAGCGGUUCUUCGGCAUCCUGACGGAGAACUACGCCGGCGCGUUCCCGCUCUGGCUGGCGCCGACGCAGGUGCGCGUGCUGGCCGUGACGGACUACCAGCGGGAGUACGCGGAGGAGGUCGUCGCGGAGUUCAAGAAGCGGGGCAUCCGCGCGGAGGUGGCGGCCGGGGAGCGCAUCGCGAAGCUCAUCCGCAACGCGGAGACGUCCAAGGUGCCGGUGAUGGCCGUCGUGGGGCGCAAGGAGGAGGAGGCGCGCCAGGUGACGCUCCGGGGGUACAAGGUCGGGGACAUCGGCACGGUCGGCGUCGACGAGGCGGUCGCGAUGGUCAAGGACGCGGAGGAGCGCAAGCUCGUCAACGUGGAGCCCAUGCCCGUCGCCGCCGAGGCCAACGGCGCGUGA